AUGAAGAAGAGGCAAGCGUUGAGCGCAAGUAUAUCCGCCGAGGCAUUGCUAGUGCAUGAAGAGCAGCUGAGACCAUCGCGGCGACCGGUUCAAUUCUCCAUCACUGAUAUUUUGCCUGAAAACCAGAAGACGGGGAAGAAGACGGAGGCGACUUUACCGAUCUCACCGACAACGUUAGGGCCUCUGUCACUGCCUAGACCCGGGAAGAACGAUGCAUUUUAUGCAGAACGACUAGAACAGGCGGAGAAUACGGAGCUCUUUACGUACGCCAGUGCGUUGUGUCAUCGUGUCACAGGUCGAUAUCUACCACGCGCGUUGCUGCAGAGAGACCCUGAAGCUCAACAGCGAGAGCUUGAACGUGUCCAGCGCGAUCCGGAAAUUCUCCGAGCUAUUGACUCGGUGCGCGUGUUGUCGGCGCAGUUUAAGGACGUGGCUCAGACCACGAUGGGACAUCGUCGAGAGCUGGGCCACACACUUUUCCGCAUCGAGGAGAGCUACCUGAAGCUCUUUGAGAAGCUGCUUGAGCUUUCGCUGAGACUGUACUGGGAGUAUGAGCAACGAACUGAGGCGCAACGCAGAGAGGACCGAGCGACAGCCGAACUCUGGCGUGAAAAAUACGAACGAAAGUGCGCGGAGUGCGUGAAAAUUAACAAAAAGAUGGCUGCGCGGGAGAUCAUCCAUCGCGCUCGGGAGAUUGAACUGCAGGACUAUCGAGGACAGAUGAAGGAGAUUGAGAAAGAACUAGGGAAUCAACGUGAGCUUGAGGCGCAAAUUCUUCAGCUGCAGCAUGCAACAACUCUACAAAGAGUGCUGGAACGCAAGUUGCGGGAUGAUUUUGCCCAACUGACGAAAACUCACGAAGAAAUGAUCGAGUACCAGAAGCAGCUCCGAGAAGAGGACCGAUUCAUUGUCAAACAAGAGGUUACGCUUAAACAACUGGAAGAGAUUGUUGCGAUUCCUCCAGUCGUUUACGAAUCUCGGUCCUCACAAACCGAAGUGGAUGACGAUGGGCUGUGGGAUGUCCAGGACGGAAUCCCGCGUUUUGUAUCGAAAAACGCUUUGCACAAGAUGAUGUGGCGAAGAUUUAACGCGUUUGUCGCCUGCAAGAACUGCGGCGGCCGCCCAAUUCCAAAAGCAGCCAAAACAAACCCUUUUGGGAAAUAUCCGCAAGAUGGCAGCAGUGAGUUGCCAAGCCACACUGUGCUAUUCCUCUCAAACUUGCCCAAGUCGGUCGUUGCAUUUCCUUUUUACUCGCUGGAGCAGGUGAUUUCCCUGAUCGAGGCCAUCUACGACGACAAAUUUGUGUCUGACAGGGCGGAUGAAGCUGAUGGCGUGGCACGGGAAGAACUUCCUAGAUUCAUUUGUGAGUACUUCCUGAAGACGCACGGCCUGCGCCAAUGCGCUGAAAUCGGCCUGUAUCGAUUUUUGGUCUCGAUCAAGAACACGUAUCAGCGCAACUCGCACGGUCCACGGCGAUAUGGAUACCUAGAUCGAAGUUUCCUUCACGUGUUCUUGGAAGCGCGGCAUUAUUUACUGCGGCCACCACCACGAUCGCCUCUCAAAGGCAAGAAAGCUCACAAAAGCGAAGAAAGUGGGGCUACUAAGGGCUUAGAGCACGUCGUACAAGUCGAACCGACGAAAAAGUGGGUGCCUCUCGACCAUGCUAUCAACGUGUUGCGGUGGUAUAUUAGCUGUCUACCUGAGGACAGCAUUUCAUCUUACUGUCGACAGGUCGAGCACAAUACGGCAAUGUACGAUGGCCACAACAUCAUGGAGAUAUCGGGCAACCGUCUUGCAGUUCGAGCCGAGAUGAGACGUGUUAUGCUCGCAAGUGAAAAGCCUGAUUCCUCCUCUUCCUCCUCAAUUCACGCACCUGAAGCCAACAAGAGUGUUCAGCGGCCUCCACCUCCUCGGAUUGUGGUUGAUGUGCACAAAGUGCUCAAACUGCUGAUGGACGCACUCGAGCAGCGACGCGAUGGCAUCAAGAGGGACUUGACCGCACUCUUUGACGCUGGCGACGUGAACCACGACUGCGUGUUGACUCUGGACGAGUUCGGCGCCAUAAUUCGCAAGCGCAAGCCGCACUUCAGCGACCGCCGCAUCCUGCGCAUGUUCCGCGAGGCUCUAAUGGGUGGAGUCGACCAAUCCUUCGCGCUGUCCAUGGAGGCUUUCGUGGUUGUCUGCAACGACCACGGCCUGGUGUCGCUACUCCCCGAUGACCGCAUGGUCGACCCAUUUGCUGUCUCUAAACCCGUGCCAAAGCCUUCAAAGACAGUAGUGGAAACAAGUCCGACGCCAGAAGCUGCAAGCACGGCGGAUUCAUCUGGGAACAUUACACCAGAAAUCCCCGAGGACAUUUCAAGUGACGACAGUGUUCUACCCACUGCAAGAGCAGAGGAGGUAGACGACGAAGAAGAGCAGGAAGGGUGGGAACAACCGGAGACUGACUCGGAUAGUGCUAAUCGAUAG